AUAUGCGAUUUGUUUGGACUCUGAAAGGUAUUACAAGUGAGCAUUGCAAUGAUUUUGUAAAUGACUUUCGAGGAUAACAGUCUGAAUGCUGUCAAAGGUAGAAGCUAAAGCUUCAUGAGCAGGACUAGCAUCUCCUGAUUAGAUGCAAAUGAUGAAUGGUGCACUGACAAAGUACAAAGGGGCUUAAAAGCACAGCAAGCAAAAAGAAGAAAGGAAGGAAAAAUAAAUAAAUAGAACAGGGAGAGUGUCCUUCAGAUAAUUCUCGAAAGCCUUAACCUGAAUGAUAAACAAAACUAAACAAAAAAAAAAAAGAACAAAAAAAAUCACACAAGAAAGCAGCUAAUUGCACUAGUAAUACAUUUAAUCUGCAUGCAUAUGGACAUGGCAGGCAUUUCACACUGCAUGAGGUUCCUGGCACAUCUCUGCUUAUCCUCUAACCAGAAACCUCCAGAUUCGCAGCCAGUUGCUCCACCAACUGAGCCACUGUCUCUAUCCUACCCAGAUCCACUCAUCAGCCGCUUUAUUUGGUACACCUAUUGAAUUGCUGGUUAACACACAUCGUGAAACAGCCAACUCUAUGGCAGAAACUCCUUACAAAUGUGCUUUGACUCAGUUUGUACCAGUUUCCAUGGGACUAUUGCUGGAGCUUGUUACAGUGGAAAUACGAAAAAUGCUGAGAACAAUCACAAGCAUGAGGUGCCCAGUUGGACUCUGGAGGCCAUUGCAGAACAGUGAAUUCAUUUAUCUGUUCAGGAAACCAGCUUGAAAUUCAAUGAACGUUGAGACAUGUCACGUUAUCCUGCUGGAAGCAGCCAUCUGAAAAUGGCUUCACUGUGGUCAUAAAGGAAUGGACAUGGUCAACAACAACACUCAGAUGGGAAAUGCCUCCGAAAUUUUUCACUUCGUGUCCAGAAUAUCAAAAGACAAUGACAUCAUCAUGGGAACACUCUACACCAUAUUUGGUGUGUUGUCCAUACUGGGGAAUGGGAUCCUGCUGUUUGUGGCCUAUAGAAAGAAAUCCUCUCUGAAGCCAGCAGAGUUCUUUGUCGUCAAUCUGGCCAUCAGUGACUUGACCAUGACUAUUACUCUGUUUCCACUAGCCAUUCCCUCCGCCUAUGCUCACAUGUGGUUAUUUAACCUAACAACCUGCACUGUCUAUGCCUUUUGUGGUGUUUUGUUUGGCCUGUGCAGCCUGUCCAAUCUCACGGUGCUCUCUUGUGUUUGUUGGCUCAAGGUCUGCUGUCCAAACUAUGGUAACAAAUUCUCAUACUGCCAUGCCUCCCUGCUUGUCGCGGGCAUCUGGUGCUACGCCGGAGUGUUUGCUGUGGGUCCACUGUCAGGUUGGGGAGAGUAUGGGGCUGAACCUUAUGGGACUGCGUGCUGCAUCAACUGGCAUGCUCCCAACCACAGUUCUGCAGCAAUGAGCUACAUCAUCUGUCUCUUCUUCUUCUGCUACAUUAUUCCCUGUACUGUUAUAUUUUUAUCCUACACCUUCAUCUUGGUGACAGUGCGAGGCUCUCGGCAGGCCGUGCAGCAGCACAUGUCUCCACAGAACAAGAUCACCAAUGCACAUGCACUUAUAGUUAAGCUUUCCGUGGCAGUUUGCAUUGGUUUCCUCACAGCUUGGAGUCCAUAUGCGAUUGUUUCCAUGUGGGCAGCCUUUGGGAACGCAACAGAUGUACCACCAAUGGCUUUUGCUUUGGCAGCCAUUUUUGCCAAGUCCUCCACUCUUUACAAUCCCAUUGUCUAUCUGGUCUUCAAACCCAAUUUCCGCAAGUCUCUGUGUCGGGAUGUAGCUCACUGCAGAAGCACAUUCUGCAGAUGUUUGUGUCAACACAGCUCCGCACAGAAGGGAACUUGCAGGCAAUCUCAUCACAUUGACGAGUGCAACUCUACAAGGUUGUCUAACGGACUGCCAGAGAACCACCGGACUUGCAGACAUUGUCCUUGCACUGAAACGGUCUCCGGUGCCAAGGAAAAUUUCACAGAUUACAGUCCUCAACAGACUGCCAGAAUACUGAAAGGAUCUGUGCAAACCGAGGUCGCUGUCAGUCAGCUCUCCAAUGAGCUGCAGAGUGACUUUCUUUAAAGAGAGAAAAACGGCGCCUCAGAAACAAAAGCUGCCAAAAGAAACCAGCAACAAAAAACUGCGAGAAGUUGGAUUAAAAAUAAAAAAAAACGGCUCAUUGCAAUUUCAGGAAUAGUCAAAGGCUCAAGACUUACUCACUGAUGAAAAAGACUAUCAUUCAGUAUUAUUCUUGAGUUUAAAGCUUGUUCUAUGCCUCAAAUAUUUAAUACUGCCAAUAGAAAAAAAGAAAACAAAAUAGAAAUCAAGAUUUAAUCAUGCAAUUAAAUACAAAUACAGUAAAAUAAGCAAGCCGACCAGUUCAGAUAAUAAAGUUGUCAGGUCAAAGUUACAAGCAUCAACUAUUUUAUUGCUCUGAACAAUCAACAUCGAGGAAACAAGACUGAAGAGUCAAAAUACAAAAUCAAUUUACGCUGGAUUUAGAGGAAGGAACUGAUACUGAAACUGACUACUUCCUCAUCAACCCUUUAUGUGUUUUUACAAGUACUGUACAUUAUGGGAUAUUUGUAUUUAUUAAUGCAUGCCUCAAACUGAAGGACAACAGGGUUGCUGCUCUUAUCUAAAGUAAGUAAACAUUGUGCCCUGAUUGCUAUUGGAGAACAACAUUUUCAAAGUCUCAAUUAAUUUGCCAACAAUUUGUCAAAGUUGAGGUUCACCUUUUAUAAGUAGGUUCAUCAAAUAAAUAAAGAACAAUUCAAGCUCACAAAGCUUUUUAUUACCCUCAUAAAAAUUAAUAUCCUAGUAACAGAGUAGCAUUAGUUACUCUGCAGUGUUAUAUUUGUUAUAAAUGUUUGGAUGGUUGGUUUAACAGCUCCUUUGGACCAAGACAGGAAUAAUUUAUUUGUUUCGUGGAAAUAUUUAUUUUCAUUUUACAGCUUACGUCUUUUUUAUUUUUAUUUUUGACAUAUAAUUUGUGAUAUAAAAUUAGAUCCUCUAGCACCAGAGCCAGACAAAAUGUACAAUGAAUGGAUUAUCUAAUCAGUUGUCUCAUUCUAAAAAAAAAAACAAAAGAAAUCACAAAAGUAAUUAAACUAAAAGGCUUGUGCUUAAUUUAUAAAUGCAUCAUUAUUAUUAUUAUUAUUAUUGUUAUUAUUACUUACAUAUUAGCACCUUACCAACUGAGAGAUUCCAAUGACAAAAGAAGUUAUAUAGUUGAUCAGACUGGGUCAAUGGUAGAGACAAGCUCAGGAGAAACAAAAGCACACCUAAAAUACUUUAGAAUGGUGAUUACAAGGAUUACAAUGUACAAUUUAGUAAUUUACAACUGAGAGACUAGUUUUCUUCAUAAUCUGUGAGAUGACUGGACAUCAUCCUCAUGCUGCUUGUGUGUUGUUAUCUUGAGAGUUGGCACAUUCAAGCAUCUGAACAUUGUACCCAAGAUGAACCAGGCUUGUGAAGAUCCAUAGUUCUCUUCUUGAUAUUUUGCUUGCAUUACUUCUUUUGAAUUCGUCCUUAUUCAUGAAGUGAAUGAAGUUUUUGGUUUGAGAUGCUACCUCAAAAUAAAAUUACAGUUGAACCCUCCAAUUAACUCUGUCAUUAGUCAGUUAGCAACUUAAAAUCAUUUUAGCAACUCUAAAUGAGCUAGAACAGGUUUUCCUGAUUUGUCUGAGAAUAAAAACAAACAUACUUUGAGAAAAAAAAAAUAUUUCAGUUAUUUUUCCAAUUAAAGAGGGUGCUGAUUUUUUUAAUUUAUACAAAACAGGAAAAAAAUGUUUAUGCUUGUGCAUGAAAAUGGAUAUAUUGUCUUCAUUGCUUGUCUUGCCAAAUAUAAAAAAGUUGAUAACAUGAAACAUAAAAGGCUGUGCCUCAGCAGAUACCGACAUUAUCCAAAUGAAAGUGCUCAUGGAGCAUAGCUGAGCUCAGUUUGCCUAACAGACAGUUUUGUUCUUUUCUUCCGGCAGCAAAGGUCAUCAACUGAAGUCAAAAAAGACAUGCAAUGUACAAGAUGUAUUAGAUCUGCUUGAGUGUGUUUUUGUUGACUGUCGUAGCUUCUGUGAUAUCUUUACUCAUUAUGUGGGGAAGGCUCCGGUUCUUCCUAAUUUUCACAAAUUACCUGACAACAAACGCAGCUCAUAUUUGACUUUAUAUCAUGUGAUACAAAGUGAUCACAUGAGGUGAUCUAACAAUCAGUUGCAGAUAAUCUCGUGAAAUGAUCUCAACUCCCUAAUGACUCAGAAAAAAAAGUGAAAUUUAACAAAUUCAACAAUAAAAUAAAAUAAAAAAUAAAAAAUCAGCAAUAAAAAUACACCGCCCUCUUGCUUUUUUAUAUUUUUAUUUUUAUAGUUUUUACACUUGGCCAUGAGUUUGCAAGAGGCCUGUGAUUGAAGGAUUACUGCCUUUUAAUAGUUAAGGCUACGACUACACAUAGCAUUAGCACAUACUCAAAACAUACAAAGAACAUACAACAAAUCUGUUCCUAAAUCACUUUUUGAAAAAUAAAGUGGAGAGCAUGUUCAACCCACAGAAACAGAGUAGGAAAAAAAUCCUAAGAAUCCAAGUAAACUGCUCUAUUAGUAUUUGCAAUCCCGUUUCCUAUCAAUGCAAAUUAACUCACCUGGUUUAGUCCACAUUGAUGGUGUAUAAGAAGGAUUUUCAUUACUGAGGUGAAGACCCAUGCAAAUGGCUCUGUAUGAUUGCUUAGAGUUGUUAUUAAACUUAGAAAUUAGCCAGUGACCAGAGUCUAUGACACUGAAGAGGAAACAAUAAAACUUUAACAUAAACCAACCUUAACCAAGUGUUCCUCACCAGAUUUCUGACAAUGGAGUCAAAAGAAAUAAUCAGAAGACUUCAAAAUAAUCAAGUGCUUAAGGCCAAUCAUGAAGAGCUUCAGUGAGACCUGGAAUUAGCAAGUACAGUUCUUCUCUUUAAGUAAUUCACUAAAUCACAAAGAUUUCUUUGCACAGUUAUUGCACAAGACUCAAUAAAAAGUGUUUUUUUUUUAAAGCUGUUAAGGAUUUGCUCUAAACUUUGUACACAAACUGUGAAACAGUGGGUUAAUCUAGUCUGGUUGGUUGAGAAAAAAAAUGUAAGUCUUUGAAUGCAAUUAUUUUUAUCACCAUGUUGGAUGGAGAAAACAUAUAAAACAGCAUAAAAAAGGUAAAGUUUGCCAGUGAAACUUGAUGGGAGCAUCAUUUCCUUGGAUUAUUUAAAUUUUAUCACUUGAUGUGAUUGAAUAAUCUGGUUUUAAAUACUAGAUAUGCAAAUAAGACAAUGAUUCCAAAAACAUCAAGACACAAUAAUUGGGUUAAGAGAACAAAAUCAAGUUUGUUAAAAUGUCCCGGUUAAUGUUUGGCUUAAAUGGAGUGUACUAAAAUCAACUGUUUAGAGCUUUAUGUGAUGUUACAAUGUCAUUCCCUCAUCAAACACAUAACCAGACUGUUGCUUUAACUCAUUUAUGCAUGUCUGAGAAAACCUUGAAUCUCGAGUGGCAGCCAUUUGGUGGAGCCUUAACGCCUGCUCAUGCAAUGCGCUGCCUCUUUCCCCAAAACUCCACCCUGGAGCUUCAUUCCCCAGCUGACUAGCGACGGCAGCGAAUAGCAAGCACCUGGUGGAACUGUGAGUCUGCUGAGCUAAUCACACAAACUACUAUGUUCAUAACCCGUUUAAUCCCACCGGCAACAAUUGCUGCCAGACAUUUUUUCUAAUUUCUGGAACCUCAAAGUAAUUAUUUUGACUUUUGGCAGCUAAUUGAAGUUUUAAAAUAAAAUAGUAAUGUGUCUACUCUAAGCGAUAUCAGUUUCAUGUAGCAAGUGUGAAAGGUCACAUGACCAGACCGCUUUACUUCCUGCUUGUAACGCUGGAGGUAAAUGUCCGUCACAAAUCUAGUAUAAUUAAUUGAUCAAUAAAGUGAAGUCUAAGUCUAAGUCUCUAAUACAGAGACAGCACUAGGCUAGAUGACCAUUUCUUUGCUCUUCCCACACAGAUUAAAACUAUCAGAUAUUUUAGAUCUUCUAGACCUGAAGGAAACUCAAAAUUAUGUCUUUACAUCAAUGUCAUUCCUACAGUUGAAACCCUUCCCACUUCCAUUCAGUGCAUAUGGCCUAUGCACUGAAUGACCACAACAAGAUGAUGCCACGCCUGAAACUAGUUUAGGACAAGACCAGGGUGUAGUGCUUGGUGGAACAGGGACAUUUUCCUCCCAGAUGCAGAUUUGUUUAUACAAACAUUUUCACCUGACCUUGCCUCAUUGAGCAAAUGACCAGUCAUGAAAUGGCCAGAGGUCAAAGGUUGCUUGGCACAUUGAGACUAUGACAUCUGCAGGCUGUGAGAUUGAAUUUUUCUAUGUCUAAAAUAUUUCUUGUAACCAUUCUUUGUCAUAGACUAUGCAUGUCAUAAUCCUUCUUAUUUUUUUCUGUGUACAAAUUGGACAUAUUUGUGUAAUUUAGACUAUGCAGUUAUUGGCAAGUAGAAACCAACAUUUUCACUAACAUAACCAACAUAAAAUGGAAUAAUUCAUAAAUAUCAUGUAAUAAUUCAGAAAUGCAUGCACUUAUUUUGCAGAAAAAAAGUUGGAACUAAACGGGUCAAGUAUGGCUGUAAACAUCAUGACUAAACGGCAUGAGGAAGCAUUCUUUGUAUGAACAGAGGCACAUUUCAAGAUGUCAGGAUCGGCUUUGACAUGAAGUCAAAUUUCUUAAGUUGUUCUCAAAUUAUUUUUAAAAUAGUCAGAAUUUUUAUAACAAUUGAAUGUAACUGAUUGUGCCAUAAAGUGACUCUACAUUUCUGAAAAAUAUACAAUACCUCUCAUUUGAAUUAAAUUUGAAAAUCUUGUGAAACAAAUGAAUCAAGCAGUUUAGACAUAGGCAUGUUUCCCUGAACCUUAAAGUUUUGGAGACAGUUGAUUUUGAAAAAUCAGUUGCAUCACAAUAAUGCAUGUUGCUGGUUUUACCAUUAAAAAAAAACAAAAAAAAUAAAAAUAAAAACGGAUCUCGUCAGGAUGCACUUUUCUAACAAUUAAAAGAAGAUAAGUAAUUCUUCAUUUAAAUCCACUUACUUUUUUGACGUUUUGGUUUAUUUGUUUCUGAGUAACAUGGGUUGUGACUGAUAUACGGUCAAUAGGAACAUCAGAGACCGGGAAAAACAAUACAUGAAAUUCAUCUUUCUGCAGGUGUUUGUCCAUUUAGUUGGACACUGAAAUGUAACUACGUGUACACAUUUCUGGUAACUCAAAAUGUUCAUUUCUACCUCUUUACUUUCAAAGUGGAGGACAUAGACUAAUGCUUCUAUGACAACUUUCAAAAAUUGUCAUAGUGUGUCUUAACACAAAAUAAACAGCUGUGCUGUCACUAUGAAAGUGUUUUUUGUUAUAUUUUAUGAGUAUAUAUUUUUAACAAUGUUCCAGUGAAUCUAAUUCAAAGUAAAGCCUAUUAUUUUUUUCUAUCAGUACAUAUAGUUGAUGAUUGUAGUGGUUUCAGUGAAACAUGUCCACAGACAUAAUCCUUAGCAGCAUAACAUCGACCUACCCUAACAUAAAUUAUUGCUACAUCCAAAAGUAGACUUGGAGCAACACUAUUUACAGCAAGUAUUUACAUUAGGAACAACUGUACCGUGUUUUGUAUGAAUGCCUACUUCAAACCCUGUGGCAAGUUUUUGCUUCCUAACCCCUUAACUAAAGUCAAUAUACUUAUUCAUAAUGUUGUGACUGUUGUGUUAAAAGGAACUAUGACAGAAGACUGAGCAUCUGUGGUCUUUAAACCAAACGAGUUUAUUCUAUGAGUGUUGUACCAUCAGCAGAGACUUAUGGGCUUGAGUGUGAAUCCUUUAACACUGAGCUGUGAGAUGAAAUGAACGACGCCUCGGGCUGUCUGUAGCCUGAGUUUAUUUCAACUGACACGUGUAGCUUCAUGUGAAAACCUUGUGGUCAUAAAAAAAGAAGAAAAAAGAAACACCAUUUGCAAAGUGAAGUUUUUCUGAGGCUUGUAUAAAGAUGCUGCUGAAAGUCCUUUCAUCUACAGCUUUUACUUUACAGUGUAUAUUGAUCAACUCCCACAUGUACAGGGUGGCAUCUCAUUACUUUAUCUUGUUCUGUAACCUUCAGAAUGAAGUGGAUAAAAAAAAAAUAAAUCAAAGCGUGGCUUGGUAUGGUUAUCAUUUUCGGAAAAAAAAACAAACAAAAACCCCCCGAAAUGAUUGUACUUCUGUGAUGUUUUCACACCGAUGGUGGUUUGUUUGUUGCUGGGACAUUACAAAAGAAGGAAACGAUUGUUAAGACUUGAGGAUCAGUGAAGGCAUUUAAAGCUAAGUCUGCAGCAACCAAAGGUUACGAUCACUUUCAGAUUCUCCGUCAAAGCCAAAAUGCUCUUUUCAACGCUUAGAUUUUUCUACAAAUAUGCAGAUGCACAUGAGAAGAAUAUACAUAUCAGAGACUCGGCUUCAAGCCAUGAGCUGAGGGGGUUUGUUUGGCCCUGCAUUUUGUGGGCAGAGAUGGACACUGAAACCAGGAAAUACAACUGUGAAAAUCUGCUUGUGAUGUCUCUUUUCUACUGUUUUUUUUCUUCUUCAAUAUUAAAUGCUACAACUCC